GCUGCCCGGCGCGGAGUGGCUGCCCCGCGGCGCGGGGACACUCAGAGCCCGGUGGGCAGGAGGAAGGCGACAUGCCCCAGACGGUGGUCCUCCCGGGCCCGGCGCCCUGGGGCUUCAGGCUCUCAGGGGGCAUAGACUUCAACCAGCCUUUGGUCAUCACCAGGAUUACACCAGGAAGCAAGGCGGCAGCUGCCAACCUGUGUCCUGGAGAUGUCAUCCUGGCUAUUGACGGCUUUGGGACAGAGUCCAUGACUCAUGCUGAUGCGCAGGACAGGAUUAAAGCAGCAGCUCACCAGCUGUGUCUCAAAGUUGACAGGGCAGAAACUCGCCUAUGGUCUCCACAGGUGUCUGAAGAUGGGAAAGCCCAUCCUUUCAAAAUCAACUUAGAAUCAGAACCACAGGAUGUGAACUACUUUGAACACAAGCACAAUAUUCGGCCCAAACCUUUCAUAAUCCCGGGCCGAAGCAGUGGAUGCAGUACUCCCUCCGGGAUUGACUGUGGCAGUGGACGCAGCACCCCUUCUUCUGUCAGUACUGUUAGUACCAUUUGCCCAGGUGACUUGAAAGUGGCGGCUAAGCUGGCCCCUAACAUUCCUUUGGAAAUGGAACUUCCUGGUGUGAAGAUUGUACAUGCUCAGUUUAAUACACCUAUGCAGUUGUACUCAGAUGACAAUAUUAUGGAAACACUUCAGGGUCAGGUUUCAACAGCCCUAGGGGAAACACCUUUGAUGAGCGAGCCCACGGCCUCGGUGCCCCCCGAGUCAGACGUGUACCGGAUGCUCCACGACAAUCGGAAUGAGCCCACACAGCCUCGCCAGUCGGGCUCCUUCAGAGUGCUCCAGGGAAUGGUGGACAAUGGCUCUGAUGACCGUCCGGCUGGAACGCGGAGUGUGAGAGCUCCGGUGACGAAAGUCCAUGGCGGUUCAGGCGGGGCACAGAGGAUGCCGCUCUGUGACAAAUGUGGGAGUGGCAUAGUCGGUGCAGUGGUGAAGGCACGGGAUAAGUACCGGCACCCUGAGUGCUUCGUGUGUGCUGACUGCAACCUCAACCUCAAGCAAAAGGGCUACUUCUUCAUCGAAGGGGAGCUGUACUGCGAAACCCAUGCAAGAGCCCGUACGAAGCCCCCAGAGGGCUACGACACGGUCACUCUGUAUCCCAAAGCUUAAGUCUCUGCAGGCGGGGCACGCACGCACGCACCCACGCACACUUACACAGGAAGACGCCCACGGCUUUGGGCAGAAGGAUUGUGCAGAUGGUCAGCUCCAAAUCUGAAGUCAAGGCUUUAGACCUUUAUCCUAUCGCUUAUUGAGGAAAAGGAAUGGGAGGCAAA